AUGUCGACCCAACGUCACAAUGUAUUGAUGCAAUUCGAUCUGGUAAACACGAGGACCGGGCCAGGCUCGCCACCGAAUGAUGAGGACACGGACGAGUACAGCGACUUUGGGGAAGAUCUUGAAGCGCUCGAGAUCAUUGACCGACUCCUCCUCGAGGCCGCAGGCAAAUCGAGGCCGGAGCAGGAAAUCGAGCCCCUGGUCGUGACAGAUAUCGAAGACUAUGAAGCACCUCGAGGUAUUCGUCUGCCUAAGGUGUCUGGCCUCGAAGCUACGCAUCAAUGGGAACUUGAGCCUCGCUCAGUUACCAGUGUCCCUGUCCAGAACCACCCAGCUUCGCAAAGACUGUCUCCUGUCGCUGAAGAGGAUGUGAGAACGGGAAGAGGGACAUCUCCACGACGCACGCAACCCAAACAAGAUGCUCAGCAGGAGCAGCAACCUCCCGAGUCAGACGCUCGUUCCCCACUGGAACGGUUCCGCAAACCUCCCAUGAAAGCCCUCUCCGUCACCGAUCUAAUAUCUCCCGCAUGGUGCGAGCUACAAUAUUACUAUGUCUUGACGAAACACGGGCGAAAAAGGAGGACACCGGCAAUGAAACAGGGUAGUGCUGUCCACCAAGCGCUGGAAGACGAGAUACACGCCACGGUUCCCGUGGAGAUUACGAAAAGAGAAGAUAGUUGGGGUCUUCGAAUAUGGAACAUCAUCCAAGGGUUGAAAACACUCAGGGAACAAGGAAUGACGCGCGAGUUGGAGGUCUGGGGAUCAAUAGGCGGACAGAUCGUCAACGGAGUCAUUGACGAGUUGACUUACGAGUGUCCUGACCCCAAGCUCGAGGAGAUGAGUCGAAAUCUGCUAGAAAAGAAGAAUACAGAACCUCCGCUACCAGAAUACCAGGCCAGUAUAAGGGACUACCUUGUCACAAACGAGAUCCGGGAUGAAGGUCAGUCUCUGUCACAGGCUCUGAAGGGGGACGAAGCCGAUAUCACCCAAAAAGCCAGUGGCAGUCCUACUGCCCGGAGGAUGCGCAAGUCAGAGCAGAAUGACGAGAGGAAGGUCUAUAUCAUCGAUGUCAAGACACGAGGCACUCCCACUUUACCGACAGGGUCCGCUAUUCGGCCGACCCUAGUCCAACUACAUCUGUACCACCACAUGCUGGAAAACAUGGCACAGGGACAGUUCUCCCUCUCUCAACUGGCAGAGAGAUACAAGUUUGACAUACACGAGACAUUCUCGGACGGGUUCAUCGCGCAGAUUGGCGGUUUGAACCAAGAAGUCUUUGAAUUAUCACAACAGAGUGACCAUGUCAGGGAGGAACCGACGCCGUCAACGCAGGACUCUAUGGAUGUCCUUCUCCAGCACAACACCCUUGCUAGUCUGUGGGAUUUUAUGAUGGAGCAGUUCCGAUCGACGUUCAUUAUCCCGUCGAGUUCGACGCCGGGGUCUGUUCCACGCGUGACCAACUCCUUUGACACAAGUCAAGAUCCUGAUGUCCCACCCCCAUCCUCCCUAUCCGCCCUCCCUGCGCCGCCGUCUCAGCCGACACGACUCUCCCCCAUCCUUACGGCACGUUACAUCUCCACCAAUUACAAACACCGCAGUGAAAACGCGAAUAGCACUGCGGAAGUUCACUCGCACAUGCUGGGCAGCAAAUCCAUCCUCUUCAACCCCUCGUUCCUCACGUCUUCUCUCUACUCGUCCCUGUCUUUCUGGAAGGGAGAGCGGGAGCCGCGCGGCGUCGAGGUCGUCGAUGCGUGGAAAUGUCGCGUCUGCGAGUUUCGGGACGAAUGCGCCUGGAUCAGACAGAGGGAUGAGAACAUGGUCAGGGAGGCGAGGGAACGUAGGCGGCUGAAGGAGGAGCUCGAGGGUGGAGAGCCGGGAGAGGAAAGCAGGGGCAGGAGAAGUCGGGUGUAA